UUGGAGCAUCCUGAACCUUCGUCUUCAGUGCUUUUGAUUCUGAUCGACGACGAUCGGCGUGAGAGUGAGGAAGAGAUACUCGUCAAAGACGAACCAAAGCCAUCGUCCUCAUCCUCACAGCAGCCCGAAAAGACUAUGGCUGCGACGGAGGCCAAAUAUGUCGACUGUGACGAGUCCGACGGAUUCGAGACUGCCAGCGAAAGGGAAAUUAGCGACGAAGAAAGUGAAGAAGAAGAUGAUAGCAAAAACGACGCCGUUACGAUCCAGGAGGAACCACAUCUGUAUGAUGAAACGGAGAAGAAGGAAGAGCAGAUUGAGCUAACGAGAGAAGGAGAAGCCAUUGCUGAAGUCGGAUUAAACCAGGAGGAAGCCAUGGCAGAAGCAAAUGAAGCUAAAGUGGAAGGAAACAAAUUGUUCGUAAAUGGCCUUUACGAAGAGGCAUUGUCAAAGUAUGCCCUUGCUUUAGAGCUCGUUCAGGAGUUUCCCGAAUCAACAGAGCUUCGAUCCAUUUGCCAUUUAAACAGAGGUGUAUGUUUCCUCAAAUUGGGUAAACAUGAAGAGUCGGUCAAGGAAUGCACAAAGGCACUAGAGCUAAAUCCUACUUAUACUAAAGCCUUGGUUCGAAGAGCAGAAGCACACGAGAAGCUUGAACACUUUGAAGAAGCUAUCACGGACUUGAAGAAGAUCAUAGAACUUGAUCCUUCAAAUGAUCAAGCUAGGAAAGGGAUUCGACGGCUUGAACCUCUUGCUGCCGAGAAGCGAGAAAAGAUGAAAGAAGAGGCUAUAACUAAGCUGAAGGAGAUGGGAAACUCGAUUUUGGGUCGAUUUGGGAUGAGUGUGGACAACUUCAAGGCUGUUAAAGAUCCCAACACUGGCUCCUACUCUCUUUCUUUCCAAAACUAG